CGAUUGGAGGAAUGAAGGAGGCAAGUCAGGGGACCGCGUCCGAAACUGCAUACUGCCCUAUAGCUGCUAUUUUAGACAGAGCCUGGGCUUGGAGCGCUUAUGAAGCUGAAACAUUUCUAGGGCAGAAACACCAGGUUCAGAUCUGAUUUUAUAAUUAAAACACACUGAGAGUUGUAACCUUUCCUUGAAGCCAUGCUGCGACUUGUGAGAGGCCAGAGCAGGAGGGUGAAAGGCUGUGUGUACAGCCAGCGGAGGUGGAAUCAUCAUAAAACUGUGAUGGCUAUCCGACGCGAGGAUGUGAACGUGUGGGAGAGACGGGCACCCCUUGCCCCGCAACAUGUAAAAGAAAUCACUGCAGCAGGCCACAAAGUGUUAGUGCAGCCCUCCAAUAGGAGAGCCAUUCACAAUAGAUUCUAUGAGAAAGCAGGAGCCAUUAUACAGGAGGACAUCUCAGAGGCUUCUCUCAUCAUUGGUGUGAAGAGGCCGCCAGAAAAAAAGAUAAUUCCAAAAAAAACCUACGCUUUCUUUUCCCACACCAUCAAAGCCCAGGAGGCCAACAUGGGUCUUUUAGAUGAUUUACUCAAAAAGGAAGUGCGGCUGAUUGAUUAUGAGAAAAUGGUUGACGAAAAUGGCUUCAGAAUUGUCGCAUUUGGAAAGUGGGCUGGAGUUGCUGGGAUGAUUAAUAUUCUACAUGGGCUGGGUGUCCGAUUACUGGCCCUUGGACACCACACUCCCUUUAUGCAUGUUGGAAUGGCACACAAUUACAGGAACGUCAGUCAAGCCGUACAAGCAGUGAGGGAUUGUGGGUAUGAAAUUUCACUGGGUCUCAUGCCCAAGUCCAUUGGGCCGCUGACAUUUGUGUUUACUGGCACUGGCAACGUAUCUAAUGGUGCACAAGAUGUUUUCAAUGAGCUUCCAUGUGAAUUUGUGGAGCCACAUGAACUAAAAGAGGUCUCCAGAUCAGGAGAUAUGUCAAAAGUGUAUGGCACAGUGAUCAGCAGACACCACCAUUUAGUGCGAAAGAGCGAUGGCCUUUAUGAUCCUUUUGAGUAUGAGCACCACCCUGAACGUUACACCUCUCACUUUCGAUCGUCUGUAGCACCGUAUACAACAUGUCUGAUAAACGGCAUAUACUGGGACCCACACACUCCAAGGCUGCUGCGGCGACUCGAUGCACAGAAGCUCAUGCGACCCCUAAAAACUGUAGCGGCUGUGACUGAAGGCUGGCCCGCCCUGCCACACAAGCUCUUGGCAAUCUGUGACAUUUCUGCAGACACUGGAGGGUCUAUUGAGUUCAUGACAGAAUGCACCACCAUUGAGAAUCCAUUUUGCAUGUAUGAUGCCAACCAGCACAUCGACCAUGACAGUGUGGAAGGAAAAGGCAUUCUCAUGUGCUCUAUUGAUAACUUGCCAGCCCAGCUUCCCAUUGAGGCGACCGAGUACUUUGGCAAUCGCUUGUUCCCCUACAUUUGGGAAAUGCUUCAGUCAGAUGCAACAAAGCAACUGGAUGAGGAGACCUUUUCUCCACAAGUCAGAGAUGCUGUAAUAACCUCUAACGGGAAGUUGACUCCUAAGUUUGAGUACAUUCAGAAGUUAAGAGAGAAAAGGGAAUCAGAACAAAUCCUCAAGAAAGGAGGAAUGAAGCGUGUUCUGCUGCUUGGCUCUGGCUAUGUGUCCUGCCCAGUUGUUGAGUAUCUCACUAGGGACCCUGGAACCCAAGUCACAGUGGCAUCAAUGCUUCUAAGUCAAGCGGAAGAACUUGCUGCCAAAUAUCCAAACACCAUACCUGUGAUGCUUGAUGUGUCUAGCCAAGAGGGCCAUCUCGAGUCUCUGGUCAAAGAUCAUGACCUGGUCAUCAGCAUGCUGCCAUAUAACUAUCAUCCUUUGAUAGCUAAAUAUUGCAUCAGUAAGAAAGUGAAUCUAGUGACAGCCAGCUACCUGUCUCCAGCUAUGAAAGAGCUCCAAAAGAGUGCUGAGGAGGCUGGCAUCACCAUAGUUAAUGAGAUGGGCGUGGACCCUGGCAUUGAUCACAUGUUGGCCAUGGAGUGCAUCGACCAGGCCAAGGCAGACGGUUGCAUUGUCGAGUCCUACAGUUCUUUCUGCGGUGGCCUUCCUGCGCCAGAGUAUUCUGACAAUCCACUGCGUUAUAAAUUCAGCUGGAGUCCAUAUGGAGUGUUGCUCAAUACCAUCAGCCCUGCAAUUUAUCGCAAAGACAACCAGGUGAUCAGCGUUCCCCCUGGUGGGUCUCUAAUGGACGUCACUGUGCCCAUAGACUUCUUGCCGGGUUUUAACCUUGAGGGCUUCCCCAAUCGAGACAGCACCAAAUAUGCCGAACCCUAUGGCAUUGAGUCUGCACACACAUUGGUCAGAGGGACUCUACGCUUUAAGGGUUUCUCAAGAGCAAUGAGCAGUUUUGUAAAACUAGGCCUGAUUAAUACUGAGCAUUGUCCCAUGUUGGAGCACACAGCUGAUCCUGUCUCCUGGAAAGAGCUCCUGUGUAAGCAGAUCGGUUUGUCCCCUGAUGUUAGCAACGAGUCUUUUGAGGAAGCUGUUUUCAAUCAUAUCGGAAGAGAUGAGUUUAAGAUGCAGACUCUUAAAUGGUUUGAAAUGCUGAGCGAGGAGCCUGUGCCUCAUGCUAACACCACCCUGGAAGCACUAACUAAACAUUUGGAAGAUAAGCUGUCUUUUGAUAAAGGUGAAAGAGAUCUGCUCAUCAUGAAGAAUGACAUUGGCAUCAGACAUCCUACAGGAGAACUUGAGAUGAAACAUAUCAGUAUGGUGGUCUAUGGAGAUGCUAAUGGCUUUUCUGCCAUGGCCAAAACAGUGGGCUACCCCGCUGCUAUUGCAGCUCGUAUGGUCCUCGAUGGUGAGCUGAACACGAAAGGACUUGUCGUACCAAUAACGAAGAACAUUUAUGCACCUGUUUUGAGAAGACUUAAGCAGGAAGGCCUUCAGUUCACCACCAAAAGCACAGUAUCAGAGUAAUGCUCUGGAAAAUCUACUCCUGCUGCUGAUAAUCGGAUGAAUGUCUAAUUUCGUGAUUCAUUGUUUUUUCACUUUAGUGUCAUGAACUACUGAAUGCUUUGAAAUGUUUGGGACUUUGUGGAGGCUUCCUCCUUUAAAAUUGCUUUAUAAUAUAACGGUUUUAUUUCAAUAUUUCUGCUUGUGCUUCAGUACAUAUCCCUCUACAGUCCUUAAAACACCUGUGAAUAACUACUAUGUAAUUAAGACAUUUUUUCAACCGAGGAAAAAAAAAAACCCAAAAGCAUCUGCACGUCUUUGUCAAACGACUCAAUAGUCAUUUCAAAGGAAUUCCCACACUGUAUCUCCUUGUUUCUUUCAUUUAUAUUAUAAAUGAAAAGAAAUAUUAAAGGAUUUUGUGUUUUGA